AUGGUUUGCAUACUAGUAACUAGACUCACUUGGCAAGCGAGUUUAGCUUCAGACGAGGCGGCCCUGUAUAACGCAGUGUAUGCUGGAGACACCGAUGAGGUCUGCCGAAUUCUCUCCCUCCCGAACCCACCGAACUUGAACAAAGCCAUUGAACCGCGCUACCUGGCACUCGCGGCUAAACGGGGUUUCGCCGAUAUUGCCGGAUUGCUUUUGCGCCACGGGGCAGACGUGAACGCUAAGUCCAUCCAAACCGAGUCAACUGCUCUCAUGGCAGCAGCUGCCGCCGGACACAUAAUGACACAGAUUGUGCUUCUUCAAUGGGGAGCGAACCCGGACGCCACCAAUUUGAAGUCAGACACCGCUCUUUUGAGGGCAAUCCGUCGGGGACAUGUACCUAACGUCCUUCUUCUGCUCGCCUACGGAGCGAACCCCAUCCCGUGCUCUUCAGUCCGAUCGACACACUUCCUCCUCCCCCUUCAGUUGGCACGACACCUCUGUCAACAGGAGAUGCAGAAUGCUCUCAUUAACACAAAUCGAAACUUUGAUACUUAUCUCACCAACCUGGUGCGUUCAAGUCUGCCAGUAGGCACAUUCCUUGUCGAUCCGGGUCACCCAACUUCUAUGCAGUCAAUAACCCCACGAUCCCUAAGUUUCAUUCCCGUCCAGAUUAUCUCCAACACUAACGUAACUGCACCUCUACAACUGACUUUCAACACCCCGCCCCACUACUCAGAAUAUUUCAGUAGUUUUGGCGAAGGAUUGGCUUUGGACGAACUUAUUUUACUCUAUGUUGCCUGUGUAGACUUACAGGACGGUCUUGUGAUUCCCCCACGUUCCAAACAAGCAACGCCCGUCUACACUUGUGCCUACUUCAACGGCUCUCGCACACCCUGUCCUGAUCUGUCUCUUCUCAAGAACUACGCGACGUCCUCGAUUUCCCCAAGCAGCCCGAUAGACGUCGAUGAGUCUCCCGGAUUCCGUGUUUUCGUUCUUGGCAGCCGAUUAAACAAGGGUGGGCUCAAUUCUCUAAGUUUGGAAACGCCUGCGAAGCGUGACCAGACUCGUAGUAAGGUUCAUGGACCGACCCAUGAAACUGACCAGGAAUCCUCCCUCUUUGAAAAGUUGCUAUUCGGAAUUUAUCGGGUGCGCAUUGGGAUGGGAGCCCUUUCUGAUGCCGCGGUUUUACAAACAGACUUCUGUCCUGAGGAACCGACCGUCAAGAUUUUUUCAGAACACUAG